AUGACACAAAUACAAACAUGGAAUUCACCACUUGUUUUCAGGACCUUUAACACAAGAGAAGCUGGACAGAUACUUAAUACUCCUGUAAGCCUAACUGGUCGACCUGACUGCUACUCCUGGAGUUAUAGUACCAAUGGCCAAUACACAGUUAGAUCAGCGUAUGAGGCAAUUACAAGGGAGGGUAAGCAGCAGGAAUCCAACGGGAGACUGAAGGGGGAGACAAGCUGGGAAGGAGGGAGUGAGAAAGUCUGGAAACAGCUAUGGAAGUUGAAGAUAAAGCAUAAACAAAAGCUGUUUAUAUGGAAAAGUCUGAACCAAGUCUUGCCGGGUAGGGAAGCAAUAUACAAACGAAUAGGCAAAGGUGACAUGAUUUGCAAGCUGUGUGGAGAAGGUAGUGAGACAGUUGAACACAUCUUUUUUCAUUGCACAAAGGCUCAAAUGAUAUGGCAGAUGGCACCCCUCCAGUGGGAUGGAAUUAAGGAACAUACUGCUGACUUCAGAAGAUGGUGGAGCAUUUUAAUGGAGGCACAAACCAGACGGGAGGGACUGGAACAUAUAGCUUUAACAGUGGAAAUACUCUGGCAGAUUUGGAAAGCUAGGAAUGAAGCUGAAUUCGAAGAGAAGGAUAGACAUCCAAUGGAAGUUAUCAGGAAAGCAAUUAAGGAUUGGGAGGAGUAUCAACAAGCGCAACAAAUGGAACAUCAUAUGAGCAUCUCAGAAACAGAAGUAGCACAAGAAGAUGAGGAAAGGCUGAGGGAAGAGGAUAAUCUGCUAAACAUCAGUGUUGAGGUAGGACAACAUGCAGAAGGCCAAAACAUGGGAAUUGGAGUUACAGCAGAAAAUAACAGGAGCCAGAAAUGUGCAGCUUGGAUACUGAAGGAGAGAAGUACUGGUUCGGCUGUUUUGGACAACUUGAUGGCCAUCAAACUGGCACUCUGCAAGCUAAACGAGAAAGGGUGGCAACAUAUCAAGAUCCAAACACCAUGUACUCAGGUGCUGAAUAUGCUACAACCCCAAGCUACUAGCAAUUCAAGGCUGGUAACUCACCUGGAGGAUAUCAGAGACCUUAGCUCAAUGUUUAGGAAAUGCUCAUUUGAUAGUUUACCUGUUGAAGUGAAUAGGCUCAGUGAAAAACUGAGCAAGCUAGCUAUGCGGAUACUUUAA